AUGACAUACAUAUAUUCUUUCACUGUCCACACAAUUCAUAUAUGUAAAUUAACUCACUGUUUAAAAAAAUAUUCAUCUAAACUGGCGCCGAAAACAAUUCACACGGAGCAACUUGAACGUAUCGCACCGGCAUCCCCGACCGUACUGAAGUUCGUUUGUAUACACAUAAUAUACAUACACUGCUGCCGGUACGUCGUGUUGUUUGUUUACAAUGAGUUCGUGGAUACAGUAUGCCAAGUCCAUUCCAACGCAUAUGGUUAUGACUAUGAAGGUCAAGCUGGGGCAGAAAAAUUGUCCAGAGUGAUUAUAACAUUAUUCGGUGUUGUUGGAUUUAUAUGGGGAUACGUUAUCCAGCAAUUUUCACAGACAAUGUACAUUCUUGGUGCCGGAUUUGUGAUGGCCGCUUUAAUUACACUACAACCAUGGCCAAUGUACCGUCGUAAACCUUUGGAUUGGCAAAAACCACAGUCGACAAUUACAACCAAAUUAAAAAAAAAAAAAUACUACUGACUGUCUAUAAUUCUACUUAAGACAUUUCCGUUAUCGUAAAAUGU